AUGCGGGCGUGGGCGCUCUGCUGCGCCCUGUCGUGCGUCGUCGACGGAUGGGGGGGCCGGCGCCGGUCGAACAAGCACCACGCCGAGGAGGUCUUGACUGAGGAGUUUCGGCCGGCGACGCGGAAGACGCGGUGCCUCGCCUUCGACAGGGGCGUCGACUGCCUGGACCUGGGCACCUGCGCCAACGGCACCGCGCGGCGGCGGGCGUUCGUCUCCGUCUUCGACGCGUACGUCGAGCUCCCGCUCGAGAAUCGCAAGGGCCCCGGCCUCCUGGAGCACGAGGCCAAGGUCGCGCGCGUGGCCCGGCGCAACGGCGCGGACCGCAUCUUCGUCUUCCCCGUCCCCGAGAAGCAGAAGGUGCCCGUGGCGGCGGCGACGAUCGCCGCGCUCGAGGACCUCGGCGUCAAAAUCCGCUACAGCGAACACGUCGUGCCGCCGAAGCUGAGCGCGGGCAUCAUGGUCGAGAGCGGCGGCUGCUGCGGGGCCCGGGAGUUCCUGAAGCUCGAGCCCAUGGGCUACGGCGAGUACGACGCGAUGAUCGUCGCGGACCUCGACUACGACCCCGAGGACGGCGCGGACCUGUGCGCGGAUUUCGGCCCGCUCUUCGACUGCGUCGCCGAGGGCCGCGUGGUCACGACGCGCGGGCCCGAGGUGCCCGUCAACGGCGCCUUCCUCGCCGUCCCGCCGAGCGAGCUGCUCCGGAGCCGGCUCCGCGCGGCGCUCGAGACGGCGCGCGUCGACUACCGCGCGGGCUGGAACGGCGAGGGCUGGGGCCUGUGCUGGGGCCCGAACAACAACCCCCACGCCCACUUCCAGGCGCGCAUGCAGGGCUUCUUCCACUGGUUCUUCUACCGCAGCCGGUUGAGCGCCGCGGCGAAGGACGCGCAGGCGCGGUGGCGGCCCGCGCAGGUCGACCCCUGCGUCUGGAACGUCCAGAAGGGCCUCGCGGACGUGUGCGCGCGCGAGCGCUGCGCCGGCCGCGCGCGCGCCUACGGCCACCUCCACCACCCGCGGGAAGACUGCGCCUGCGUCGACGACGCGGACUGGAACGAGCACAGGUCGACCGCGCACACGUGCGAGCACGUCGCCAAGGACCCCGACCGGCGCUGCGGCAGCGUCGACGCGGCGGGGCGGAACGCGUCCCUCGCGUGCCCGUCGGCCUGCGACGCCCGCUGCGCCGCCGCGCGUUCAGAGGCCUAA